GGUAAUUGCCGUUUCCCUGAGUUAUACCAGAGUUUUUCACUCCGAAAAUCGAGAGGGAGAUGGAUGGCGUUCACGAUAUUUUCGAAUUUUCUCACGCCUGUUGGGAGGAUGUUUUUGAAAAAAUUCCUGGAGCUGCUGUAUAUGUAGAUCAUGCAGCUGCUGAGUGUUUACACUGGUUCAAAGGGGAUGGAGCUUAUUUGGAGUUGAUCCGUGCUGGAGCCCAUUCCGUUCAUGAAAUUGCCAUUUUCACUUUUCAGUAUGUCAAAGUCCAAAACACAAAAAAGGCUGUGAUUAUCAUCACUUCAUCGGACCCAGCCUUUUACGAACGAACUCUUGAAACAAUUAUAGAGAAAAAUACAUUCCUCAACUGCGUGAUAAUAUGUGCAGUUCAUAGCACAGUUUUCAAUAGCCACGGAGAGGAGCAUUAUGAGAGAUUGAGGGAAAAAGUGUUGGGUUGGAUGAGGGAGAGCGAACCGCAUGGUGAAAUAUUUGCGGAGAUUCUGUUCAGGCCGAUCUUCACAGCCCCGAUAACUAAAAAUGUGUUCGUGACUCCACCGAUGGAGAGACUGAUGCCUCCAAUUGACGGUAAAAUUACAGAGGAACACGGGUCGAGUGUCGACUACUUCGUCAGUUCCCUCCACAGUAUUUUCACCCACUUUGACAUCAAAGAAGACAUUUACAGUCUUGGAGAAUUUAGUGAAUAUGUAGCAGGAAAAUUGAUGAAUUUGCCUGCAGCUGUGGCAAGGAGAAAAAUGUUGAUGGGCUCUUCUGGUGUUAGUUUAAUUCUCAUUGACAGAACUCUAGAUUUGUGUACAGCAACGAGGAGCAACACCGAAUGCGUACUGUCGAGAAUAUUAUGCACUCUUCCACAUUUGAGUUAUCACAAUAAUGAUGUGGCUGUGAACAUGGCACCACUCUGUCCAGGAUCCGAGGAGAGUCCUCGAUCGUUGACAGUCUCAGGUUGUCUCGCCACCUCAGACAGUCAUAAUUUCAAUCUCCUCAUUGCCAAAAAGCAAAAGGACGUUUUACUGACUCUCAACAAGUGGCUCAUCGAGAUGUCCUCCAGGGAACUUCAGAGUCCCAAAGCCAAAAUGUCAACUCGAGUCAGCGCCCACAGUCUGGAGAAACUCAUCCACAAAAUCCGGGACAACGAGAGCUCGAAAAAUCUUGCCAACUACAGUAAGAAACUUCAAAUUACCCUGGCAGUCAUACAGUCGUUGAAAUCCGAGAAAACAGCUCAACUGGAUUUACUCGUUAGUUUGGAGAAAUUAAUUCUACAAAAUCUGGCAGUCAGUAGAGAAUCAACGAGUGUUUUAUCACAGAUAAGCAACAUAAUUAAAAUGCGGACAUCGAGGGGACUAGACAUGGAAAAUCUCCUGGUACUUCUUAUCCACAUAUACGCAAUAGCUGGGACUGAAAUUAAUUUCCCUCAGCAGCAAGAGGAUCAACUGAGGACUGCCUUGACAGAGGCCAUCUUCGAAGACAUAAAAAGAUGCAAUGAGGCUGUUAUCACUCACGAGGUAUCAGUUUAUCAACAAACAUUGCUCCUCCUGGGGGCGACAGACGAUUCAGCAGCGAGGGAAUACGCCAGGAAGAUCACUCAGCAAAUCGUCGACAUGUUGCAUCUAAUAGCUUCCCAACGAAAAGACCUAGAGAAUUAUGGGUCCCUCAUUAUUAAACCGAGUCCUCAGGAGAUGGCACAGUGUACAGGAGUCGUAGAGAGGCUCCUGAGGGAUCUCAUUCACCCCUCGAAACCGACUAUUGGUGAUUUAAAACGCAAGAGUUCGUCAAUUAUCUCUGCAGGAUUCAAUUUAUUGACGAAGGGACGUACCCAACACCAUCCAACCGACAAUCCCUGGAUAAUAAUCUACAUUCUAGGAGGAAUAACAGCAGAAGAAGCUCGAUUAAUCGAAGAAUUAUCCUCACAGCAUCCUAAAAUUCCUCGAAUAACCCUCGCGGGCUGUAGAUUACUGACUCCAAUGGAUACCGCUGACAGGAUACUGCUGUCAAAUUUCAAUAUCUGAAUAAAAUUCAUUCAUACUUCAGCUAUUCGACAAUUCACUAGAAUAAUCCAACGAAUUCGGUAAAUCUAUUUAUUUUUCUUCAUGUAUUUGGAAAAGAACUCCGAACCCAU